AUGCCUACCGCUGUCGAUAAUGCGACUCCCACAACGAUACGGGGAGGCAAUGAACAAUCUCGUCCACGCAUCUCCCAACCGUUGGAAUAUACCGGCACUCUAGACAUAUAUACCCAUCAUGACCUCACGCCCGUUAUCGGGAGAGAAUACUAUGGUGUCCAAGUCGCCGAGAUCCUAAAGUCAGAAGAAUGCGAUCGGAUAAUCAAAGACCUUGCUGCGACGAUCUCCAGACGAGGCGUAGUCUUCCUCCGCAACCAAGACCUAACCGCACAAGAAAUGCGCCAAUUCGGUGAAAAACUAUCAAUCCUCGCAGGAUGCCCAGAAUCAUCAACUUUACACGUCCACCCACUGACAGAAGAAGGAAGCGAACUGGGCGACCAAAUCAGCGUCAUCAGCAGCGAGAAGCAAAAGAAAGGAGGUGGUCUCACACAUCAGCUCAGCGACACGAGCCGUUUCGCUUCAGUAGGAUGGCACACCGACAUCAGUUUCGAGCGAGUACCAUCCGAUUAUGCAAUGCUGAAGAUUCAUACUCUCCCUGAGACAGGCGGCGACACGCUCUGGGCCUCGGGCUAUGAGAUCUAUGAUCGUCUCUCGCCGCAAAUGGCGGAGUUCUUGGAAGGGUUGACGGCGACGCAUGAUGCUACGUUCUUUCAUGAUGAGGCGCGGAGAUUGGGCAAUCCUUUACGAAAGGGGGUUCGGGGUUCGCCUCUUAAUCAUGGGGAGGAACUUACGGCUGUGCAUCCGGUUGUGCGGACGAAUCCGGUUACCGGAUGGAAGUCAGUGUACGUGAACAAGGGAUUUACCCGUCGUAUCAACGGGGUAACCAAAGACGAGUCUGACAUGUUAUUACAAUAUCUAUUCAACCUCGUCACGCAAAACCACGACGCCCAGGUUCGGUUCAAGUGGAACAAGAACGACAUGGCAAUUUGGGAUAACAGAUCAACUUGGCACUGCGCGACAUACGACUAUGCAGAAGCUCGGGCUGGUGACCGAGUCUGCAGUUUAGGCGAGGCCCCGUAUUUUGACACUCAGUCCAAGUCGCGGAGAGAAGCUCUGGCUGAGAAUUAA